AGUAUUGUCGAGUCGGAUGAAGUGGUGGUGAGGAGGCUGCUGCUGCUCCAGCAGCAACAGCAACACGAAGAACACGAACACGUCGAACAUAGAGAGGUACAGCUGGUAGAGCAGCAUGCUGAUGGAUCAAUGUUGCCUCAACAACAACAGCAAAGGCACCUGAACUACCAACAACAACAAAAUCAACAACAACAACAACAAAAUCAACAACAACAACAACAACAUCAACAACAAAAUCAACAACAAGAACAACAACAGUUACAGGAUGCGGAAAUGAUGACCGAUACGCCACAAGAGGAGCAGCAGGAUCAGGAACACAAAAAGCCAGAAGAUGCAGAAGAAAUGGAAUUAAACGAUGAUCAGGAGGAUCAAGACGACGACGAGGAUGAUGAUGAAGAUGAUGGUGGGACCAUUGUGGAGGAUAGCGAUGCAACCAGUUGCAGCAGUUGUCGACGUGCCGAGGUCGAAGAGCAACAUCAUCAAUCGUCCUGGUUGUCGCCGCCUUUGCCCAAACAGGAAGAUGUUUAAAUUGGGUUUCUGCGCUCCUCAAUUACACACACCAUGUGGAAUGUGGGGGAAUACCCUUUGUAACGUUUUUUGGGUACUCCCUGACACACUUGAAAUCUCGUUAAACGGAAGACAACAAAAAAAAAAACAAGAAAAUCCAAGAUUAU